GCAAUUUGCGUGAAUGAGCCAUACCUCAACAAUACCGCAAACGAGGACAGCCAUCUCCCGUAGCUCAUCCAUCCUCUUGACGCCUUCCAAGCGAAGGAAACUAGACGCCGCCAAGCAGCAAGUACCAGACAACAAUGCUCGGACUGCGUCAACGACAGCUCCCUCAAGCGAAAAGGAGGCAGAACAACCUCAGCCCGCUCCAACUGACAUACUCCGAUGGACGUUCACGAGAGCGGCGGUCACACCCUGCUUCGUACGAGACGUGUUCGAGAUGAAACCAAGUGGAAUGAGAGAUAUGGAAUACUUCUGGUUGGGCCGUAUACCUUGUCGAACCGUCCGCCUUGUCGGUCUCCUGGUCGGCGUGGCAGUCUGGGACAAACGCACAGUCUACACGAUAGACGACGGGACAGCGAUCCUUGAUUGUGCAUUGGCACAUGCUCAACUCGUCCCUCCGGGCCCCGUCAAGCCCAAAGCGAAAGUCGCCGCUCCUGCUCCUGAUACCACCAGUAGGAAGGCGGGGCCUUCCUUCUCAGACUAUCUGUUCUCUGCACGCAAGGUGGCCCCAACAGCAUCUUCCUCGACACAUACUCGCGCGGAACCUCCUCCCCCUCCGAAACCCGCCGCACGAGUUGGGAAAUCUGUACAAGUCGUAGGACGCGUUGUUUCCAGGCACGAUACUCGGAUUCUACUUGUGGAUGAGAUUUCUCGUUGUGCUUCAUAUAACGACGAGCCAAGUCACUGGCUCGCUGUGUCCGAGCUGCAUCGCACUACCUACUACCCAACAGAGCCAUUACCGCCUUUCAACCCACCUCCGAUUCCCACACAUCCUACAUUUCCUGCGCUCAACCGGCCUAAUUCACCUUCAAAGCGCGCCAACGUGCAGGGGCCUAAGACCCCCGCCUCCGUCCGUUCUAUAGCAUCUUCAACGAACACCUCGCCCAGCACCUCCACGCCACAGGCACCACGUCUACGCCAUCCCUCUCGCUUGCACACGCGUGACCUCACCGCGAACACAUUCCGUAUCUAUGUCAAGCAUUACAUGGACAGCGCACCACGGCCACCUCGAACACGUCACCACUCCUCCCAUAGUCGCCGCACCGAUGAGACUCCUCGUCCUUCUCGCCUGCGGGGACGUGACAAGGAUCGCACACCUCGCGCGUCUCAGCUCUCACAUGUCGAGAAUGAUACGGACGCAGAGUCGGAUGACAAAAAUGUCCCCGAGGACGACGGAGACGACGAGAUGUACGGCUACACGCUCUCGCACCUCCGCCGCGUCCCCGAUCUCUCGCUUCUGGCCCGUCGCGUCAUCGCAGCAGACGCCCACAGGCGUGAGAAGGAAGAGCGGAAGAAAGCCAAUGCAGCGCCGCAAUCCAAUCCCUCGGACAAGAGGAUAGGCAAGGCCUCGGCACCCCGCAGAUCUUCGUCGGCCUCGGGCUCAAGCCAAGGUCCCACUGCGGCUGCCGUCAAGAGGCUCUUCAAGCAGGCCAUCCGGACGCUCUUCACAGAGGGCGACAUCAUCCUCUGGAGCGGGCCCGUUCGCCCGCUCCCCGCCCCCGCUCCUACGCUCGACCCGUUCCUCUCCUCGUCCUCGUGUUCAACUGGCGGGCUCUGGCGAGCGAACACGAGCACGGGCUCGGCUACCUCGGCGCGCUCGCGCCCGUCGUACGAGGAGUGGGACGACGACGCCGCAGAGCUGAGCGAUCCCCAGCCCGGGGAGGAGGCGUAUGUCCCGCUCACCCCUGCGUACUUCUCGCGCGUGCUCGAGGACGCGAUACGGCGGCUGGCGCUGGAGAAGAUCUCUCCUGCGGGGGUGAGCGAGGCCAUCACCAAGCCCAAGCCGUCGGCGAGCAGGUCGCAGUCAAUCAUCGAGCGGCUGAGGGCGCAGGAGCGAGAGAAGGAGUUGGAGGCGGGGCCUCCGCCCGGGCCGACGAAGGAGGAGUUGCUGGCAUGGUUGCGGAACACGGACGAGCAGUGGGCGCGUGUAGGAGAGUGGACCGUGCAGGAGGCGUUGGAAUGGGGACGGAGGGAGGGGCGGUUGUGGUGUGUUGGGAAGGGACGGUGGGAGGUGUGUGGGUGAAUGGCAUGCGGGGCGUUGGAUGCUUGCUAGCUGGGAAGAUGGGAACGACGUAUCUGUGCUCGAAGUAUAUACUUCUUCAAAU